AUCCCAUCAAAUAUUCUACUUGACCUCGCGUGUCUGCCAUGAGAAACAUAAGCACGGCACAGUGAUCUUAGUGCAGCUGAAGACGUAUUUUUCUCCGGCUGAAAGAUUGUACAAAAGGUGGAUUGAAUUUACAACAAGAAAUACUUCAGCUUCAGUUUACGCACAAGUGACAGUGGAGAAAAGGUUUCAUGAUGUCUUCUCCGCCUCCAAGAAUCACUGUGGCUCCAGACUCGUUUUCUAUCGAGUCUCUUUUAGCUUCCCGGAGAACUGAGUCGGAACAGAACCAUCGAAGUCUUCCGCCGCAGCCCGCCCCUCUCAUCUCGGCCCUCAGACCACCCAGGCCAGACUUACAUGGGCAGCAAAACAGGCGGGAGGUUUCUCCACCGCAGCCACCCAGCCAUGCAUCACCAGUGUUUCUGGCCAGCCUGCGCGCCGUGUCCGAGUCUCCGCGGCCGUCCUCCAAGGCGGAGAGUGACGUCACGACAACAGGGCGAGAAGAUGACUAUGAAGAAGAGGAAGAAGAGGAUGAAGAUGAAGGAGAGAUGAGGGAAUGUGACACAGGCGAGGACGACGUGGUAGUGGAUGACCUCAAAAGCCAAGCCAUGGAGGCCGAAGGGGGCGUAACCACCUCCAGUGACGCGCGGCCCAGCGAUGCAGAAAGCCUGAAAGCGGGGGAGGAGCGAAAAAAGAGACCAAGAACCGCCUUCACGGCCUCGCAAAUCAAGGCGCUGGAGCAGGAGUUUGAGAAGAACAAGUACCUCUCCGUCAGCAAGCGACUCCAACUCUCCAAGCAGCUCAAACUCACGGAAACACAGAUCAAGAUUUGGUUCCAGAAUCGGCGCACCAAGUGGAAGCGGAAGUACACCAAUGACCUGGAGGUGAUGGCGCAGCAGUACUACUCGGCGCUCGGCCUGCUCUCCCACAGACCCAUGGUGGUGGGCGACCGCCUCUGGCUCUUCAACUACCCCAUGGGCCACCCCAACCAGCACACCGUGGGUCUCCAUGGCAACAGUACUCUGCCCCCCCUACCCUCCCAUCUAUCCACCCACGUCCUGCCCCACCUACCUCCCCCCUGUCUCCCUGCCCUACCCCUCCCUUCCUCCCUGGUGGCUGCUUCGGGUGAGCGACCAAUCAUCCAUUCAAGUCCUAUCAACCCCUUGACUGACCGCCACGUGAUUGGUGGCUCUCACACCUCGCCGCCCAGCUCACUGUCUCCUAUUGGUUCCGGAACAGUGCCCACCCUGACGUCACCUCUGUACACUCCCGCCACAGCCAUGGACUCCUUGCACUCCUCCAUUCCCACCUUCGGCGCCCACACUCAGCACGACGGCCGCCCCGGAGUGUAAAGACAUAGGUCUGAGUCAUCGCGGUCUCACACUGCCAGUCAUGAAAGGAGAAUAUUUUCGACACCAAAAGUUUGUCUUUGAUAUGGUUUCCUCUGUGCCCAAGUCUAUUCGAGCCCUUAUAUUCUAAACAAUAGUAAAUUACAGAAGGAAAACAUCAAAACAUUAAGUGCAAGAAAUUAAGCAAACUCCAGAAGGGAUUGAGACUUAAGACUUCCAUUUAGAGUUUCUUCAUGUUGUCUGAAUCCUUUAGAAGAUUAUGUGUGGGGACGAACAAUGAAGCAGGCAUGGAAAGUUGGUCUUUUAACGUCACCAGGUUGUCGUUAGCUCUCGCUAAGCAAACCAGCGGAAUAGGCCUCGUGACCUCUUUAAUGUUCACAUUAUCAGGUAUUUCAGAGUUCCUAGCACUAGAAUUAUGAAUACUUUUAUGUAAUUUAUUUCAUUUCAAGGUGUUAAUAAAUGCAAGUUUUUUUUUUCAUCUUGUUAUCAUUGACACUUAUCAGAGCUAAUGUAUAUAUACAUUUUCCUUUUUACAUCAAACAUCUCCUGUCUAUCAUAUCUUGAAUUGUGUUUCUUGUUAACUAACAUGUCUUGAACAACAGCAAAAAAGAAAAAAAAAAGCUGGAGAAAGCAAACAUAGAAGAA